AUGUCAGCUAUGCCGGCUCAACAGAGUAACAACCUUGCGCCUCCAGGCACCUUGUCUUCCAUCCACAGAGUCUACGAGGACCCUUUUCGACCCAACAAGUGGACGACCACCUCCCCGGAGAGAGCCGGUCCAAUUGUUGAAGACGCAGAAACUGCUCAACACGCCCUUGUCGCAAGAUACACGCUCUCGGACAACCCCGCCAAAGAGCUCGACCUUCAUUCUAUCGUUGUGCAAAGCCCUUCUCUGAAGAAAGUGCUGGCUCGAGUUCUGGAUGGCUACCCCGGCAUCACCCUCGAGCUCGAUCGUCUCGAGUUCAACGCACCUUUUGAGUGUUUUAUUCAUCGAUGGGAGAAGCUAAUGGCUGUGCGCGAGGAGUUGACCAUCGUUGGCGAAUGCAACCAAUUUGUUGACGCAGAAAACCAUGGAAUGAUGGUAUCCCACUUGGAAAUGCUUCACUCGACACUGAGCACUGAGCUAGCAUCUACCCUGCGUACGAAGCACGAUCUUCUGAAGAAUGGCGUGAUAACGCCUUUACACGUUUGGAUGAUCUUUGAGCCUGGAUGCCUCCUUUACACAAAGAACGAUGGACACGAUCGCGUCUACAAGUUGCAGUCCGCGAAGUGGGAGACCCAGAAUAAAAGGAAACUGUACAGACUCGACUGCGAGUUCGUCGACUACGACGGUGUCGGUUUCGGGAUGAACAAGGAGACGCUGAACGUCACCGCGUGGAAAGGCACGAAGAAGAUCACAAAACUAGAAGCAUUCCCCUACAGGUUCCACGACGAUCUAGACAUUCUGCAAACCCGACUGACGGAACGUGGGAGGAAAUUUGAAGCCUACAAAGGCUUUCAUUUUGUUGCGUACAAAGGUGUUGCCAUUGGCAAAGCGAGUCGCGGGGAGGCGAAGUUCGACGUUAACAGCCGUAUUGUCAUCGACUCGGCAGCCAGUAUGCGCUACAAUACCAAGAUUCCGUUAGAUUAUUUCGAGACAGACAGCUUUGCGGAUGCUCCCCAUCUCACAGGCAGCGACGAAGAUACCGACGAAGACUGCGUGGUUCUCGGAGAAACCGACAGUACCAUUCGUACCGAAAGCGGGAAGAGGCCAUCCCCUAAUGGCACCACAAAGUCCGUCCUUACUACUGAACAACUCCUCCUCACGGACGCAAAGCUCCGCGGCUACUCUCUCCGCGACAAGAAGUGGAUGUCUUUCUACAUUGACAACGUCCAGGACAUCAAAUGGCAAGACGACGCGUUUGACUCUCUUGUUGCUCCCCAAGAACAAAAGGACCUCAUUCUCGCCUUUUCUGAAUCUCAGGCUAAGAACCGUACCUCCUUUGACGACUUUAUCCAAGGCAAAGGCAAAGGCAUCAUUUUGCUCUUGUCCGGUCCUCCAGGUGUGGGCAAGACGCUUACAGCCGAAAGUGUAGCAGAAUGCAUGAAGGUUCCGCUGUACAGCAUUGGGGCCGCUGAGUUGGGCUCGAAGCCUAAUGUGUUGGAGAAGAAAUUGGAGGACAUCUUGGUGAUGUGCGCAAAGUGGAAUGCUGUACUACUGUUGGACGAGGCAGAUGUCUUUAUGGAAGCUCGAAGCACCCAAGACCUCGAUCGCAACAAGCUUGUAGCCAUCUUCCUCCGGCUCUUGGAGUACUUCGAAGGCCUCAUGUUUCUAACCACCAACCGCCUUGAACACAUGGACGCUGCUUUUGAGUCCCGCAUCCACCUUACCCUCAACUACGCUGAGCUCGACAAGCCGUCUCGUCGCCAAGUCUGGUCGAAGUUUCUCACUCGAAGCUCACAGGCUGCACACAUGGAUAGCUUUGCUGAAGCGGAUGUGGAUAGGUUGGCGAAAGUCCAGUUGAAUGGUCGACAGAUCAAGAAUGUGAUUAAGACGGCGCAGUUGCUUGCUGCGAGGUAUGACGAGUGUUUGGGAAUGACUCACUUGGAUACAGUGUUGAAGCUGAGGAAAGCAAAUGAAAAGAAGGUGGGCUUCUUUGGAGGUGAAUAA